AUGUCACAGAGGAGUGGGCAGGAGGACCCGGAGCGGUACCUCUUUGUGGACCGCGCUGUGGUCUACAACCCAGCUGCACAGGCCGACUGGACCGCCAAGAGGCUGGUAUGGAUCCCAUCAGAACGUCAUGGCUUUGAGGCUGCCAGUAUCCACCAGGAGCGUGGAGAUGAGGUGGUGGUGGAGCUGGCAGAGAAUGGGAAGAAAGCAGUGGUUAACAAAGAUGACAUCCAGAAGAUGAAUCCACCCAAGUUCAGCAAGGUGGAGGACAUGGCCGAACUCACCUGCUUGAAUGAAGCCUCAGUACUUCACAACCUCAAAGACCGCUACUACUCUGGCCUCAUCUAUACAUAUUCUGGUCUCUUCUGCGUGGUCAUAAAUCCCUACAAAAACCUGCCCAUCUACUCAGAGAAUAUCAUUGAGAUGUACAGAGGCAAAAAGAGGCACGAAAUGCCCCCUCACAUCUAUGCCAUCUCAGAGUCUGCAUACAGAUGCAUGCUACAAGAUCGAGAGGACCAGUCUAUUCUUUGCACAGGUGAGUCAGGAGCUGGCAAGACGGAAAACACCAAAAAAGUUAUCCAAUACCUGGCACAUGUCGCCUCCUCCCACAAAGGAAGAAAAGACCACAACAUUCCUCCAGAAUCACCCAAACCAGUGAAACUUCAGGCACAAAAUGCAGUUAGUGGACCCCUGUUUUAUGGCGAACUGGAACGUCAGCUUUUACAGGCCAACCCCAUCCUGGAGUCUUUUGGGAACGCUAAGACUGUGAAAAAUGACAACUCGUCACGUUUUGGGAAAUUCAUCCGGAUCAACUUUGAUGUGACCGGAUACAUUGUUGGAGCCAAUAUUGAAACCUACCUACUGGAGAAAUCCAGAGCUAUUCGCCAAGCCAAAGACGAGCGCACCUUCCACAUCUUCUACCAGCUGUUGGCUGGAGCUGGAGAGCACCUCAAAUCGGACCUGCUUUUAGAAGGGUUCAACAACUACCGUUUUUUGUCCAACGGUAACAUCCCAAUCCCAGGUCAGCAGGACAAAGACAACUUCCAGGAGACGAUGGAAGCCAUGCACAUCAUGAGCUUUGGCCACGAGGAGAUUCUGGCCAUGCUGAAGGUGGUGUCCUCAGUGCUUCAGUUUGGUAACAUUGUCUUCAAGAAGGAGAGGAACACGGACCAGGCCUCGAUGCCUGAUAAUACUGCUGCACAGAAGCUUUGUCAUCUGCUGGGUAUGAAUGUAAUGGAGUUCACCCGGGCCAUCCUGUCCCCAAGGAUCAAAGUGGGAAGAGACUAUGUCCAGAAGGCUCAGACUAAAGAGCAGGCUGAUUUUGCUGUAGAGGCUUUGGCCAAAGCAACAUAUGAGCGUCUAUUCCGCUGGCUUGUCCAUCGCAUCAACAAAGCUCUGGACAGGACCAAACGGCAGGGAGCCUCUUUCAUCGGCAUCCUGGACAUCGCUGGAUUUGAGAUUUUCCAGUUGAACUCAUUUGAGCAGCUUUGUAUCAACUACACCAAUGAGAAGCUGCAGCAGCUCUUCAACCACACCAUGUUCAUCCUGGAGCAGGAGGAGUACCAGAGGGAGGGCAUCGAGUGGAGCUUCAUAGAUUUUGGCCUCGACCUGCAGCCCUGUAUCGACCUCAUUGAGAGACCGGCGAACCCUCCAGGAGUUUUAGCUCUGCUGGAUGAAGAGUGCUGGUUCCCCAAGGCCACAGACAAGACCUUUGUUGACAAGCUGAUUCAGGAACAGGGGACGCACACGAAGUUCCAGAAACCCCGCCAGCUCAAAGAUAAGGCAGACUUCUGCAUCAUCCAUUACGCAGGAAAGGUUGACUACAAGGCGGACGAGUGGCUCAUGAAGAACAUGGACCCCCUGAAUGACAAUGUAGCUACACUUCUACAUCAGUCAACGGACAAAUUUGUGGCUGAACUUUGGAAAGAUGAGAUUCAGAACAUUCAAAGGGCUUCAUUCUAUGACAAUGUCUCUAGUCUGGAUGAGCCUGCAGUGGACCGUAUCGUGGGCCUGGACCAGGUAGCAGGAAUGAAUGAGACGGCCUUUGGUUCCACAUACAAGACAAAAAAGGGCAUGUUUCGAACAGUGGGUCAGCUCUACAAGGAAUCACUCACCAAGCUCAUGGCCACGCUGAGGAACACUAACCCCAACUUCGUCCGCUGCAUCAUCCCCAACCACGAAAAGAGGGCAGGUAAACUGGAGCCUCACCUGGUUCUGGACCAGCUGAGGUGUAAUGGAGUCCUAGAGGGUAUUCGCAUCUGCAGACAGGGCUUCCCCAACCGUAUCGUCUUCCAGGAGUUCAGACAGAGAUAUGAAAUCCUGACACCCAACGCCAUUCCCAAGGGUUUCAUGGAUGGAAAACAAGCCUGUGAGAGAAUGAUCCAAGCUCUGGAGCUCGACCCAAACCUCUUCCGUAUCGGUCAGAGCAAGAUCUUCUUCAGAACUGGUGUUUUGGCUCAUCUGGAAGAAGAGAGAGACUUGAAGAUCACUGACAUCAUCAUCUACUUUCAGUCUGUGUGCCGUGGAUACUUGUCACGCAAGGCUUUUGCUAAAAAGCAACAGCAGCUGAGUGCCCUGAAGGUUCUUCAGAGGAAUUGUGCUGCUUAUUUGAAGCUUCGCCAUUGGCAGUGGUGGAGGCUCUUCACGAAGGUGAAGCCUCUUCUGCAGGUCACCAGGCAGGAGGAGGAGAUGCAAGCCAAAGACGAGGAGCUGAUAAAGGUGAAGGAGAGACAGCUCAAAGUGGAAAACGAACUAGUGGAGACUGAGAGGAAAUACCAACAGCUCUUAGAAGAAAAGAACAUUUUAGCUGAGCAGCUUCAGGCAGAGACGGAGCUGUUUGCUGAGGCUGAAGAGAUGAGAGCUCGCCUGGCCUCCAGAAAACAAGAACUAGAGGAGAUCCUCCAUGACUUGGAGUCCAGAGUGGAGGAGGAAGAGGAGAGGAAUCAGAGCCUGCAGAAUGAGAAGAAGAAAAUGCAGGCACACAUCCAGGAUCUGGAGGAGCAGCUGGAUGAGGAGGAGGCUGCCAGACAGAAGCUGCAGUUGGAUAAAGUGACUGCUGAGGCGAAGAUAAAGAAGAUGGAGGAAGACAUCCUACUCCUGGAGGACCAAAACUCCAAGUUCCUCAAGGAGAAAAAGCUGCUUGAAGACCGGAUCGGUGAGAUGACCUCCCAGCUGACAGAGGAGGAGGAGAAAGCAAAGAACCUCAGCAAAGUCAAGAACAAGCAGGAGAUGAUGAUAGUUGAUCUGGAGGAACGUUUAAAGAAAGAGGAGAAAACCCGCCAGGAACUGGAGAAGGCCAAGCGUAAACUGGAUGCUGAGAACACUGACCUCCAGGACCAAAUCGCUGAAAUCCAGGCCCAGACAGAGGAGCUGAAGGUCGGGUUAGUCAAGAAGGAGGAGGAGUUACAAACUGCUCUGGCAAGGAGUGACGAGGAGACGGCCCUGAAGAACAACACCCUGAAGCAGGUUCGGGAGCUGCAGGCCCAGCUUGCUGAACUUCAGGAGGAUCUGGAAUCUGAGAAGAUGUGUCGAAGUAAAGCUGAAAAACUGAAGAGGGACCUGAGUGAGGAGCUAGAGGCUCUGAAGACUGAGCUGGAGGACACGCUGGACACCACCGCCGCCCAGCAGGAGCUCAGGACCAAACGAGAACAAGAGGUGGCAGAGCUGAAGAAAGCCAUCGAUGAGGAGACCAAGAACCACGAGGCCCAGAUCCAGGAGAUGAGACAAAGGCAUGGCACCGCACUGGAGGAACUGUCUGAACAGUUGGAACAGGCCAAGAGGUUCAAAGCCAACCUAGAGAAGAACAAGCAGAGUCUGGAGAGUGACAACAAAGAGUUGGCCAGUGAGGUGAAGAGUCUCCUACAGGCCAAGACAGAGUCAGAGCACAGGAGAAAGAAACUGGAGGCACAGCUGCAGGAGUUUAUGACCCGGGCCACCGAGGUCGAGAUGGCCAAGGGAGAGCUGUCGGAGCGCUCACACAAACUGCAGAUGGAGCUGGACAAUGUGUCAGCCUUGUUGGAAGAGGCAGAGAGGAAGGGCAUCAAGCUGGCUAAGGACGUCGACAGUCUGGAAGGACAACUUCAAGACACACAAGAGGUGCUCCAAGAGGAGACGCGCCAGAAGUUGAACCUGAGCAGUCGAAUCCGCCAGCUGGAGGAGGAUAAGAACAGCUUGCUGGAGCAGCAGGAGGAAGAGGAAGAAUCACGACGCAAUGUUGAGAAACAGCUGCAGACAGUCCAGGCUCAGCUGAGUGAGUCGAAGAAGAAGUUGGAUGAGGAUUUGGGGGUGAUCGAGAACCUGGAGGAAGCAAAGAGGAAACUCCAGAAAGACUUGGAGCUGUCUGGUCAGCGUCUGGAAGAGAAGGCCAUGGCCAUGGACAAACUAGAGAAGACCAAGAACCGACUGCAGCAGGAGCUGGAUGACCUGAUGGUGGACCUGGAUCACCAGAGGCAGAUCGCCUCCAACCUGGAGAAGAAGCAGAAGAAGUUUGACCAGCUCCUAGCUGAGGAGAAGACCAUCUCUGCUCGCUAUGCUGAAGAACGUGACCGAGCAGAGGCUGAGGCUAGAGAGAAGGAGACCAAGGCUCUAUCUAUGGCCAGAGCUCUGGAGGAGGCUCUGGAGGCCAAAGAGGAGCUGGAGAGGUUUAAUAAGCAGCUUCGUGCUGAGAUGGAAGAUCUGAUGAGCUCCAAAGAUGACGUGGGCAAGAAUGUUCAUGAACUAGAGAAGUCCAAGCGUACUUUGGAGCAGCAGGUGGAGGAGAUGAGAACUCAGCUGGAGGAGCUGGAGGACGAGCUGCAGGCCACAGAGGACGCCAAACUACGUCUGGAGGUCAACAUGCAGGCCAUGAAAGCCCAGUUCGACCGAGACCUGCAGGCCAGAGACGAGCAGGGAGAGGAGAAGAAGAGGGCACUGGUCAAACAGGUUCGUGAGAUGGAGGCAGAGUUGGAUGACGAGAGGAAGCAGAAGACACUGGCUGUGGCUGCAAAGAAGAAGCUGGAGAUGGACUUGAACGACCUGGAGGGACAGAUCGAAGCUGCCAACAAAGGCAGAGACGAGUCAAUUAAACAACUCCGAAAGUUACAGGCCCAGAUGAAGGACUACCAGAGGGAGCUGGAAGAGGCCAGAGCGUCCAGGGACGAGAUCUUCACCCAAUCCAAGGAAAACGAGAAGAAACUCAAGAGUCUAGAAGCUGAAAUCUUACAGCUACAGGAGGAUCACGCGGCGUCAGAGAGAGCGCGCCGACACGCCGAACAGGAAAGGGAUGAGCUGGCUGACGAGAUCUCCAACAGCGCUUCUGGAAAGUCGUCUCUGCUCGAUGAGAAGAGGAGGCUUGAGGCCCGUAUCGCCCAACUGGAGGAGGAGCUGGAGGAGGAGCAGGGCAACAUGGAGCUGCUCAACGACCGCUUUAAAAAGACCACCAUGCAGGUCGACACUCUGAACACGGAGCUGGCCACAGAGCGAGGCACUGCGCAGAAAGCCGAGAACGCUCGACAGCAGAUGGAACGACAGAACAAGGAGUUGAAAUCCAAGCUGGCUGACCUGGAGGGGGCCGUCAAAUCCAAGUUUAAGGCGUCCAUCACAGCUCUGGAGGCCAAGAUCCUGCAGCUGGAGGAGCAGCUGGAACAGGAAGCCAAGGAGAGAACAGCAGCCAACAAAAUAGUCCGUCGUACAGAGAAGAAACUGAAGGAGGUGAUGAUGCAGGUGGAGGAUGAGCGUCGCCAUGGUGACCAGUAUAAGGAGCAGAUGGAGAAGGCCAACUCUCGGAUGAAGCAGCUGAAGCGUCAGCUGGAGGAGGCGGAGGAGGAGGCCAGCAGGGCCAACGCCUCCCGCAGGAAGCUGCAGAGGGAGCUGGACGAUGCCACGGAGGCCAGCGAGGGCCUCACCCGUGAGGUCAACUCCCUCAAGAACCGCCUCAGGCGUGGAGGUCCCGUCAGCAGCUUCUCCUCCUCCGGACGCUCAGGCCGACGCAACCUCAACCUGGACGGAGCGUCUGUGGACAUGUCAGAUGACGACGCAGACAGCCGCGCCAGUGACUUCAACGAGACACAAUCCUCCAACGUGGAGUAAAUGCAGGCCCACCCCCUGUCAGUCCUGGCUUUUCCCUCCUCCUCCUCCUGCUGAUUCACCUCCUUCCAUCUGUGACCUGGUGCCCCCCCCCCCACCCCACCCCCAGCGUCUGCUUCAUCUCAUCCCACUGACCAGACUGAAGAUCGGAGCGGCGAGCUGUGUUGCCUCUGCCCCUUUUUGUAUCCGUUAACACUGCAGGGAAACUCCAACACCCUCCUCUUAACGCAGGCUCCGCCCCCGAAGAGUCGCAGGGGCAAACGGACAAAUCUGCCUUACUCUGUUCUCUUCUGGCACGCUGCUAGCCCCGCCUCCUCUGUCAGCCAUGCGUCACCGCUCUAACACAACGCUUCCCUUCCAUCAGGCGUGAAGUUAUUGGCUCAGCUUCUUGAGAAAGUACGCGUAGGUACAAAGUGCUUUUUAUACAUAUGAAACUCAAGUAUGUAACGUAUGUGAACGCACUCCAUACUGGAAAUGCAGGACUACAAGGAAAAGUGUUUUUUUCUUUUAUAGUGUUGUUUUCAGUGUUCUGUUCAUACAUUGUGUAAAAGCCAUCUCACCCUCCACUGUUCAUCUCUAAAACACAAAACCACGGUGACUGUGGCCUUCGUCGGCUGCUUCUGGAGUAUCCUCCAGACAUGACGACGCUUACAGGAACAGCCAACGUGUCGGGACGCGCAAUACGAUAAAACGGACUGGAACGAAAAGUGUUUUACUGUGAAAAACAAAAAAGAAGCUUCAUCUCAACAUUUAGCAGAAGAAUGUCUAGCCGGGGUUGUAACUGGGAAUGUCACAGCGUUAACCCUUUUUGUAUCGUUGACCACUUUGAACACUAGUGUUCUGUUAUUUUUAAUGAUGUGAAUCAGUAGAUGCUAAGAAUGACGCACAGUUGCUGGAAAAAUGCACAGAACUACACAGAUGUGGAGUUUGAACGUGGAAGGAAAGAGGUGGUACACGCUCCACUGACUCUAAUGUGACACUAAAUGGAUAAAGUUUAGGUAAAAAUCUGUAGAUUUGAAGAAUUAGACAAAGAGGGAGAUGAAAGUAGUCAUCUUCUCACCAUAUUUCAGUGUUUCUGCUCAGCCUCGGUUCGGUUCUCUUACGUAUUACCACCACAUUUACGUCAUAAUGCUGAAAAGACUCUAAACCACGUGUUGAAAUAUUUUGUUUGUGGCACAGU